UGAAGAAGGGGUCAUGGGUGAAGAAAGCAGCACCAACACUGGAUUGAACCUCCCAAAGUUAAGACAUCUGGAAUUGAGGGGAUUACCAGAACUUAAAAUCAUUUGUAAUGCAAAACUGAUUUGCAAAUCUCUCGAAGUAAUUAAAGUAAGCGAUUGCAAUAGCAUGGAGAGCUUGGUUCCAUCUUCUUGGUUUUGCUCUGCUGCGCUGCCAUCUCCAUCUUAUAAUGGUGGAACAAGAUCAGAUGAAGAAGGGGUCAUGGGUGAAGAAAGCAUCACCAACACUGGAUUUAACCUCCCAAAGUUAAGACAUCUGAGAUUGAGGGGAUUACCAGAACUCAAAAGCAUUUGUAGUGCAAAACUGAUUUGCAAUUCUCUCCAAUUCAUUUGUAUAAUAAAAUGUGAGAAGCUAAAGAGGAUGGGAAUUUGUCUUCCGUUGCUUGAAAAUGGCCAGCCAUCUCCUCCCCCUUCUCUUAGAACAAUUACAGCAUAUCCAGAAGAAUGGUGGGAGUCAGUAGUGGAGUGGGAGCAUCCUAACGCCAAGGAUGUUCUUCGUCCCUUUGUAGAGUUUCAGAGUGAUCCACCUUCGGAAUUGGGUAUGCCACCUCCGCUUCCACGUGGUGUUGCAAUUUGUAGUAAAGUGCCUGAAGACGUUCAAGAAGCAGCUUUACAAGUCCUUUUUAUAUGAAGCUGUGUGUGUAUGUUAGCAAAAUUACUACCAAGUCCUUUUUAUAUGAAGGCUGUUGGUUUUUUUAGAAGGGUGAAAUAAUUAUUUUAUUGUUAUAAUCUACAAUAAAUUGUGUGUUUGUAUACAUUAAGUAACUUGUGAGCUUUAGGCUUUUUUUGUAAUUUUGUUAAUUGUGUCUUGGUGUCCUUUAGGCUCAAAAUUUUAGUAGAGUUUUCUAUGUAUUUACAA